AUGAUAGGUAUUAGAAGUAUAGGGUGUAGGGUACUAGCCAACCGAUCAUUUGGGGUUAGGCUUGCAAACCAAACUUUCUACAGGUGCAAAUCUAACACUGACAAGUCAAAUAAGAAGACAGAUAAAGAAUUGACUUCAAACGAUGCAAAUAACGAUAAAGUAGGUAACUUCAAAGUAAAGUCAACUUCAUCACCAGCAUCACCAGCUCCUAUGGAUCCAAACUCAGGAGUAAGCCAUUAUUUGAAAAAGGAUAACAAGCCAUAUAUUCCUAAACUCAAGCAUGAACGAUUAAGUUAUGAAUAUCCAGGAUUGCCAAAUCAGGAUGAUUUCACUAAACAUACGAACGAAAAAAAGCCAAAAGUUGUUAAUCGUUGGUCCAGGUAUUUUCCAAAAAUAAUCACUGCUGUUGUUGUAUUAUGGGGUGCAUAUGCAAUUAAGGUAUGGGUAUAUCUGCCAGAACCUGGUUCAGAUAGUCAAGAAUUGUUAGAUCCUAAAGAAUUCCACAGAUUCAUAAUUGCACACAAGGAGGAAAUUGAUGAUCAACAUUUUCUUAUCGAGUUGAUACCAAAAUUCAACCAUUGGCAAUAUAGCUUUUAUAGCAAUUACGAAAGCAAAAGUAUAUGGAACGGUGACAAAAUUUGGUCGGUUGAUGUCAAACAACCGGACAUUAUGGUUGUGAGAGCUUAUACUCCAUUACCAUUAUUUUUUAUGAAAUCGGAAUAUACUAGAUCUGGUGAUAGGAAGCCAUUAUUGAAAGUCAUUGAUAAUGACGCAGAUGAUUAUGAUAAACAGGGAAGUAUGUGUCUUUAUGUAAAGAAAUAUGAUGAUGGUGAAGUUUCUAGGUAUAUCUCCAGUAAAAAAAUUGGUGAUGAAUUAGAAUUAAGAGGUCCAAAUAUAGAAUAUAAAUUCCCCUAUCAUCCAUUAAAACAAUUUCACGAGAGACCUAUUUUCAGAGACUUGCCAUCUAAGAUUGAGGCUGAAAACUUGGUGGAAAAAAUCAAGAAAGUUAAUAAUUUACCUGAAUUCGAUAAUUUGACAUUCUAUGCCGCAGGAACAGGUAUUACCCCAAUUUUACAAGUGUUAUUGUCUCGUAACCCUUAUAGAGGAUUUGUUGAUUUACAUUAUUCGGCUCAGAAACCAGGUGAAUUGAAACCGUUAGAACGGUUUUUAUUUUUCUUAGAAAAGUUAGAUAGAAUAAAAUUGCAUACCCAUUAUGACAAUAUCAAAAAUUCAAGGCUAAGUUCUAAAGAUGUUGCUAAACCCGAAUCUUCUGGAUAUAUAAGUCCUUUACAUCUUGAAGAGAAAGAAGAAAAAUCUCAUCAAUUGUCUCCUGAGGAAGCGCUUAAAUUAAGAAUGCAGAUUUUGAAUGGUGAUGAUAAAUACCAGGAUCAAAUCAUAAAUGAUGACCUCAGGGUACAUCGUUAUAAAAAUGCUAUUGAGCAAGCUAUUGUCACUAGUAAGGAGCUGAAGAAACCUUCUAGUUUGAGUUUAGUUUGCGGUCCUGAUGGAUACAUUGACUAUGUUGCAGGCAAUAAGCAUGCCGAAGUCAAUGAACAAGGACCAAUCAAAGGCUUACUAGGUGAGAAGGAUUGGGAUAAUUCUAAUACCUAUAAAUUAUGA